GCAAACUGCGGCUGGGCAAAAAAUCAAUUACAUCGCUUAAUCUGAUUUUAUGUUCAAAUCGAUGAAUGAAUAUGGGGAUCAAUGCAAGUGCAGAUCUUCAUGGACUGAGGAGGUGUGUAACGUCAAACAGCAUCCCCCGCCUUUUUGUGGAGAUGGAUGUAACCAUUUUGCUACAUGGACAAAGCAGUUCCAGGCAGCUGUCCCUGCGCAAACUUGGCUGACUAUGAAACUAUGUCAUGACCUUGGCCGCCCUUUUGCCCAACCGGCUGGAUGGUGCUGCAUUGCUGUUGUGGGACAGCCUUCCUCCAUCUGAGCAGUGUGACUUUGAGCUUGGGAAGGAGAAACUCAAUGACAUGUUCAGACAGAAAGCUUUCUUAUUGUACUUUUAAACUUGUGUUUCUGCUCAUCAUCAGCGGGCUAAUGACAGUUUGGAGCUUUACGCCACAGAUGUUUCAUGGCUUGUUAUCCGAAGAAUACUGAAAGAAUUGUUGCCUCCAGCCUUUUACCAUAGUAACUGAUCACAAACAACUGCUUGGCCUGAGAAGACUUCCCGUUGAUAAUGACAGUACGACCUGGUGAUUGUUGAAGACUGGAGUGAACCAUACAAAUGCUAAUGCUUUGUCUGGUUGUCCUGAGCCCUCUGCGACUUCAGUGAGCUCUGGGCCAAAGAUUGUGGAUCCAGUAGAUCUCGUCCCUAGUGCUGUGUAGGCUGGGAGGCAACAAACGCUGGUGCACCUGAUUCUCAUGAGCCCACUGCGCUUACUGAUGUGAUCGUGGUUCAAUUCCGCUUUCAGGAUGGUUCGGACAUAGGACGGCUUCAGCAGGAGGAUUCAGACAUCAAAUGGGUUCUUGAGUGGCUUAAGGACGGCCAUCUUCGGUGAGAUUUAGAGGUGCUGGUAAGAGUCUCUGGGUUUUGUGGCAGGAAUUUCCCCCUAUGACUCUGGUUGAUGGGACUCAGCAGACUGUGUGACCAGUGUUGAGCUUAUUCAAGACGCAGAUCACUGUUGAGGACUUCUGUUUUUUUGUUUUUUUUUUCAUUUGUAUCAAAAUGACUACUUGGCACGGGAGAAUUAAGGAAAUAAAACUGAAGAGCGAAGUAAGUACAGAGCAGUGGGCGUGUGCCGGAGCCGGUGAAAAGGAAAUUGAUCGGCAACAUGGCGUCCUGAAAGUUUACACAUGAUGCUCGAUGAUCUGGUUUGACAACUUCUCAAUGCUGAUAAAAGGAUCCACCCAGUCCAAAAAUCCAUUAUGAUCUCAGGUCUCCAACAUGGCUGAUCCCAGUUUCUAUCAUUUGUACCAGGGAAUGUACGUUCCCAAGUUCUUCUACACUUCGGAAGCUCUGAAGCGCUGGGAGGAUUUUACUUUUCGCCCGGAUGAUGUCAUAGUAGCAACGUAUCCCAAAUCAGGUACAAAUUGGGCGCUGGAGAUCGCGCCACUGGUGCUGUCUGGAGGGGACCCCAGCGUGGUGAACUCUGUGGCCACUUGGGAGCGCACUAUCAGGAUCGGAAAUGAGAAGGCCCUAAGCAUGGACUUGGAAAACUUGCCUUCCCCACGGAUCUUUGGCACACACUUCCACUACCACGCCAUGCCCAAGUCCUUCUAUCAAGUCAAACCCAAGGUUAUCAAUGUUCUGCGGAAUCCCAAAGACAUCUUAGUAUCAGCUUUUCACUACUAUGGGAAUGUGGAAUAUCAUGCUAAUCCAGGCACGCUAACCGAGUUUCUGAACAAGUUCCUUGAAGGCAACGUUCCCUUCGGUUCCUGGUUCGAUCAUGUGAAAGGCUGGUUGAAUCCUGAGGACAAAUCGCACAUUUUGUACCUGAGCUUUGAGGAGAUGCUGCAGGCUCAGGAUCUGCGACAGGAGGUCAGGAGGACAGCUGAGUUCUUGGAGAAGCCGUUGGAGGAGGAGGUGAUCGACAGAAUCACAGACAGAUGUUUGUUCAAGAACAUGAAGAAACACAACAACAAAGCACCUUCAGACCUCGAUCAUUCUAAAUUUUUCAGGAAAGGAAUAGCUGGUGACUGGAAAAACCAUCUAUCAGAGGAGGACGCACAGCACUUUGAUUGUGUAUAUAAAGACAAAAUGAAAGAUGUUGAUUUUAAGUUUGCGUGGGAUUAAAAUGUUUUGCACUCCAAA